CCCAAAAAGCUUUUCUAGAGAGAAGAAGAUACAGAGAAGCACAAAAAAAAAAGUAGAGAGAGAAAGAGAAAAGAAGUUCAAUCGCCAUUUCACGGGUUUGUUCAUUUCAUCGCAAUUUCUCUCUCUUUUUUACUUCUUAAUCUUGUUAAAAUCUGUUAAAUCAUCUAUAAAAUCGAUUCCAUUUUAGCAUUUCGUUUCCAAAUCUCCAUUUUUUUACUUGAAAUUCCGCCAUUUUUGUUCACAUUUUUAUCAGCUUCGCGAAACCCUAAGUUUCAUACUUUUCCGAUUCCGAUUUUAAUUAGUUAGGGUUUCUGAGUUUUAAUGGCGGAUCCGAUGGAAAUCGACGAGGUUCCGACUCCGAAGCAGCCGCCAUUGAAGCGGAAGAGGGAGAAGCUGAAGCAGAAGGUUGAAGUGUUGACUCCUGAGGAGAGAGAAUCGAGGUUGAAAACCUUAAAUGAGGAACUUGAGAGCUUGUUCAGGUACUUUAAUGAGGUUUUGAGUAGCGACGUAGGUUUAGAGCUGUGUCUUGGUAAUGUUUCGUCGAGUAAUACGUUGAAUGCGACGAUUGCGCUGUUGUUGGAGGAGAAGAGGUGCUCGUACUCUAAGCUAGCGGGAGAGAUUUACGAGAAGGUGAAGGAGAGAGAAAAUGAGAUUACAAUUGCAAAUGUGAAGAGCAGUAUGCUGUUUGCUGGGCAGAGAGUUGCAUAUGGAGUUCCGAAUGCCGAUGCUGAUGUUUUGGAAGAUGAGACUGGAUCUUGCCUUUGGUGCUGGGAGACGAGGGACCUGAAGUUGCUGCCAAGUUCAUUGCGUGGAGCAUUAAAAAUUCGCCGUAUUUGUCGUAAAAAGAUUAAUGAGAGGAUCACUGCCAUCUUAGAUGUAAUAUCUGCUCUGCAAAAACCUGAGGAUUAUCCAACCGGCAAAGCUGAUGUGACAAAAGUAGCAGAAAAACUCAGCAAAGUUUUAGCAGAAGCAGAUAUUCGGUUGCUUAUGGAAAGCUUGAAUCAGAAAAAUGAUUCUGAACUGGCUGAAAAAGAGGCAAAAAAGAAAGAAACAACUCUUGUUAAGGAGUUUGAGAAAAGUAAACGCGAAGUAGAGAAGGAGAAGAAAAAGAUGGAUCGUGAACUUCAGAAGGAAAAAUUGCAGAGUGAGAAGGAAAAGAAGCGAUUGCAACAAGAGGCUGAGAGAGAUGAAAAACGUCGUGAAAAAGAAGAAUCGGAAAUGAGGAAACAACUUAAGAGAAAGCAGGAGGAAGCUGAAAGGGAACAGCGUCGAAAAGAGAAGGAAGAAGCUGUAAUAAAGAAGCAACUCUCCAUCCAAAAACAAGCAUCGGUUAUGGAACGUUUCCUAAAAAAGAGCAGGACAACUGAGACAAUCCAGAGUGAUCCAUCUCCUAGUACUGCUACACUCAAUCAUGCACCAAAUGAAAGUGUUCUUGAAUCUGUGUCUUUACAGAUGGAUUCUGCUCUGCAACAUCACGAAGAGAUUAAUGUGGACGAGAUUCGCAAAUCUCAUAUGAGUACUUGGCGCUGCUUAGGCCACUCUAUCCGGUCAAACACCAAGCAGACCUGGGGCUUACGUCAUAAACCAAAGGCUGAGCUAAUUAAGGAGUUAAAACUCACUUCUAAUAAGGGACCAGCUCGUGAUGAUGACCUGUGGAUAGAUGCAGAUGAAUGGGAACAACCAAGUACUGAUGAUAAGUCAUGCCAUGUCAACGCAGAUGUUUCACCUAGUACCAGCAAGUACGUGCGAAGAAAACAACUCCUGCAGUUUGACAAGAGCUGUAGGCCUGCAUUUUAUGGUAUUUGGCCAAAGAAAAGUCGUGUUAUUGGACCACGCCAUCCAUUAAAAACGGACCCUGAUUUGGAAUAUGAAAUUGAUAGCGAUGAAGAGUGGGAGGAGGAGGAUCCAGGUGAAAGCCUAUCAGACUCUGAGAAGGAAGAGGAGGAAAUUUUGGAUGAAGGAUCUUUAAAAGUUGAUGAUGAUGAGGAGAGUGAGGAUGACUUUAUGGUACCAGAUGGCUAUCUCUCAGAAAAUGAGGGAGUUGACACUGACAGAUGUCAAAGUAACCUCGAGGCAGGUGUUACCAACAGUACACUGGACUGCAAACCAGAAGCUCUAAGUGAAGAGUAUUCAUCUUGGAUGCGACAACUGAAGUAUCUACAUAAGUUGACUGAACAUGCUCUUAAAAAGAAUCAGCCUCUUAUCAUUGUAAACAUGAUGCACGACAAAGCGCACUUGUUAUCAGCUGAAGAUCUUACUGGCAGUCUCAAGGUUGAGCAAACGUGUUUGCAAGCUCUUAGUAUGCGUGUUUUUCCUGGUGGGUUGUCUAUAGAGGUACCAUCUGACAACAUUGUGCGAGAAGAGAAUCAAGAUGCAUGCACCUCAAAUAGCAAGGGCAGCACGGUAGCAACAGGGUUACCUACAACAAUACCAGAUUCCAACCUUCCUAAAAUUGUGUCAGUUAUUCAAUCCUGCCCGCAGGGUAUCAACAGAGUGCUGGAGUCCUUGCAGCAGAGUUUUCCUGAUAUCCCCAAGUCUCACCUGAGAAUUAAAGUCCGUGAGAUAUCAGAAUUUGUAGAUAAUCGUUGGAAGGUUAAAAAGGAGAUCUUGGAUAAGCUGGGAAUGUCAAGUUCACCAGAGAAAUCUACAGAAAAGAGUGGAAGGGGAACUAGAAGCAUCGCCACAUUCUUUUCGAAACGAUGUUUGCCUCCUACCAGUCACGUACGCAAUCCCCACGAGUCGUCUCCUGAAUCAAUAAAACCCGCUUCAUCUAGCCAACCGCCGCAACAACAGCAGCAGCAGGUACACUCCGAAAAUGUGUAGCGAGGGUUUUCUUCUAAGUUUCUGGUCCAAUUUUUGCCCCCUGAUAUAUUCCGGGGCUUGUAUCUAGAUUUUCUUUUAUCGGUGUAGAUCGACAUAAUGAAUUGUUUUUGUUUCUAAAAAGAACAUAAGAUUGUCGUUCUCGUUGUACCCUUUUUUUUUUCAACAGCACGUCCUGAAUUUGGUUAAGCAAGACAAAUAUGGAAGUAGUUGAAAAACAAACGUGUACAGUGUAGUGUACUUUAUGAUGUGAGAUUUUCGGACGUUGAUUCUAUCUUUUAUGCAUGUCUUAAGAACUUCAUACUCCGUAUGAAGUUUACCAUAUUUAGGAGUUCACACAAUUUGUGUUGUAAUAUUUUCUGUCGUGUUCGUUUUAAAUUUCAUAUGUAACUGGAUUGGAUUUAUGUA